UGAAAGAAGCCCCGGAAGAGCGGGUGCGUUUCCCUUCCACGCGGCGGGGGGGGGGACGCUGGGGAGGGGAUGAUGAGUUUUGCCUUGCAGGGAAUCUGCUGCGAGAGCUGAGCGGCCGGAAUGAUCCCGACGCCGUGGCACCAGCACGUGGGCCCGCAGGGGCCCUUCAGCGAAGUCUACGAGCCCGCCGAGGACACAUUUCUCCUCCUGGAUGGCCUGGAGGGCGACGCGGAGGUGUUGAGGAGCGCCUGCAUUGACAUCUGCCUUGAAGUAGGAUGUGGAUCUGGUGUAGUUUCAACUUUUUUGGCUUCCAUUUUUGGACCCACAGCAUUAUACCUGUGUACUGAUAUCAACCCUGUGGCAAGUCUGUGCACAGUGGAGACAGCAAUACGUAACAAAGUUGAUAUUCAACCCAUAAUAACAGAUCUGGUCACAGGAUUGUUGCCACGAUUACACGGGAAAGUUGAUCUGCUAGUAUUUAAUCCACCCUAUGUGGUAACUCCUUCUGUUGAGGUAAAAAAUCAUGGAAUACAGGCAGCCUGGGCUGGAGGUAAAAAUGGCAGAGAAGUUAUGGACAGACUCUUCCCACUGGUACCAGACUUGCUUUCACCCAAAGGAUACUUUUACUUAGUUACAAUCAAAGAAAAUAAUCCAGAUGAAAUUAUCAAAAACUUGGAGAAGGGUGGUUUAAAUGGCUCUGAACUACUUUCCAGACAAGCAGGAAGAGAGAACCUCUCAGUACUCAAGUUUUGCAAGUCUUGAAGAGGACUGUUCUUGUUUAUUGUCUUGCUAAAUUCAAGACAUAAGAGACAUUCGGUACAGUAUCCCAAUGGUGGCAAACUGAAUGGUGGUGAGAGGACACUCCUUGCUAAUGAUGUGGGUUCCACUGCAAGACAGACACCAUGUAGCCAUUUUGUUUUUCCUCCCCCACUCUGAGAUGUGAGCAGCCAAACAGCUGAUGGUGAAACAGAGAGCCAUACAGUACAGAAGACCGAUAAACCUCCUCUGUUGCAGAAAUGCACCAUGGAAUUCAUUCUCUGCUGCUUCUCCCACUGUUCCAGCUCCAGGUGAAGAUGCUACUUAAUGGAAAGCAAAGGCCCUUAUCAGAGUAAUCGCAGCAUGUUGCUGCCAAGCCCACUUGCUGGACCUCCUGCUGUCUCCUUAAAUUUAAUGAUCAGACUACUGUGUACCUCUAUAAAUAAAAUUCCUGUGAGGAAGACUGAGCCACUAGGGCUGAACACCAAAGACUGGCCUGAAACCAGCAAAUAAUGCCUAGUUGAAAAGCUAAGCAAAAUUAAUCAGCCCUAAUCAUUUUAACCGAUGUUACUAUACUUGUAUUUGCAAGUAAAUGUGGUAGGUAACCAGAAUGAAGUGAAAAGAUUUCUCACAGAGUUGCACUCAUAGCAACACUUGCAAAAACUCGUAAUCUUUCCUACUGGUAACACAAGCUGUUACACAGGGUUACAUUAUCAGAGUGGAUGUACAAGCAGGCCUAGUGGAAAUUAAAGAGCAAAGUCUGGUCACCUAGGGAAAGGUGUCCAUAAAAACUGUAUUUCAACAAUAACAACCAUGUUCUCUAAUAGAUUUGAUGUCAUUUCCUAAAAGGGUAGCUGGGCACAUUUAAAUGUUUUACGCAA